AUGUUUGCCGCCUUGACUUGGGCCGUCGUCCUCGGCGCAUUGUCGCCCCUGGUCGCUGCCGCUCAUGAGGAAGGGCUUCCGUCUUAUCUCUAUGGCGCUUCGAUUCCUGUCGAGUGCAUGAGUCGUAGCUCGGAAACGGGCGAACAUCUCGAAAACGAAAAGCAUGAAAUCGAAUGGAUCCCUUUCCCGGUGUGCAACGAGACCGGCCGUCCUCUCGAGUUCAACUACGGCACCGAAGGCGAGACCAACUGCACCAUUCCCAUCGUCGACGACCCCUUCUUCCACCUCCUCGAGUUCUAUAUCCACUCGGACGCGCCCCUAUCGUGCCGUCUCCCCGCGCGACCGGCUCCUGAGGUUGAGGUCGUUGGCGAGAAGCUGCCCGAUAGGCAGUACAUCCCUCUCGUCUUCGCCCUCGCUGGAACACUCCAACUGAGCCACAUGCACGUCAGCACACAUAUGAAUGUCCUGCUGCACAGCACACCCAAGCACCACUUGCACCCCCACGACAGCGGCGUACUCGACUCGGCCAUCGCAUACAGCACAAGUCCCCUGAGCCACCUACAGGGCUCCUUCACGAGGAAGCUCGUUAUCGGCGACCCUCUGCCUCUGAGCCUGUCAGUGCGCUGGUUCCCUACACCCGCACUGCCCAAAACCGAGGGGCGCGUUGAGUGGCAGGGUUUGGGCGGUCACAUCUACGCUAGCACAGUCUUCUACAGCCUCGUGUCAUUUGGCGCUGGCGUACUAGUCGCGGCCAUGUACACACUGGGCGUCGUGCUGCCUAGGAGGCUCAAGGGGCGAUCCCUCGGCGGUGCGACUCCUCUGGGAUACGGGAUCAACAGUGUGGGCAAUGGAUGGGGAUACUCGAAGCAGCAACACAAGAGAAUAGACUAG